AUGAAGUUCUUCACCGCUGUCGCUUCUUUGGCUCUUGCCUCUGCAGUUACUGCUGCUCCCAGCUGGAUGGACUGGGCUUCCAAUGAUGACGACUGCCCUCAAGACACUUGUCUCCAGCAAAGUGACGCUGAGGACAUUGUCAAUAGAUUCAUCGCAGUUCUCAACCACCCCGACGUCAAAGCAGCCAAUGCCACUGCUCAGGACCUCAUCGGUGAUAAUUUCUUCGAGGAGUCGGACUCGAUCAACAUGCUCGCGGGUCACCCUCUCGGCAGUGUUACUUUCUCCGGCAAGCAGAACUACAUCAACGGUGUGCUUUUCGCUCCCUCAAUCGAUGAUAUCGAGACUAUCAAGGUCAUGCCUGCUGGCUGCAGCAACGUUUUGUGGUACUGGCAGAUGAUCAUCGGCUCAAGACAGGCCCCCGUUAAGGGAUUCAAUCUGUUCGAGAUCGAUGAGGACGGGAAGAUCGCUGAUAUGUUUGUUGAGUUCAAUAACAUCGGCUGGGGCAUCGAUAUUGGAUUCACUACCACCAACCCUGGAGGCAAGAAGCUCCCUACGGCAUAA